ACGAGAUUAGGCGCUGAGCUGCUGGCUCUUGUGAGCCGCUCCCCGUGCCGGUGUGUGCUGGGGCAGCAGUGCGGGGCGCUGGGCUGCGGGCACGCGUCCGCUCCCACGGCAGCUUCCCUGCAUGGGAGCGAGCUGACGAACAACCUGUUUGUGUGGCUGAGAAGUUUGACAUGUCCUCCCUCCGUUUGCUUAGUGCUGUUUGAACCAAAGCUUCUUGCUCAAAAGUCUGCCUGUCAUGUUUCUCAGGUUUGUCGAGGUUUGUCUGAAGAAGGAUUAUAAACUUUUCAUGGGAAACUCUGCGCGGUGCAUUCAGUGAGAUGGCAUCGGACAGCGAGGUAAAAACUCUACUGAACUUCGUUAACCUGGCUUCGAGCGACAUCAAAGCGGCUCUGGAUAAAUCGGCUCCUUGUCGCCGGUCAGUUGACCACAGAAAAUAUUUGCAGAAGCAGCUCAAGCGGUUUUCUCAGAAGUACUCACGGAUCCCACGGUGUCACCCCAGCAAAACCCCUGAGUGCGGCUGGCGCAGGGGGGCAGAGGACCGGGUCCGCGGCCCCCUGCCCGAGGCACCUGAGCCCAGCCCCCACGGCGGGGCUGCCGCCGACAAGGUGAUGGGCACAGCCGAGGCAGAGGAGAGCCUCACCGGGGAACGGGUUUUGCAGGAACAAAAACCUGAGGCUGCCCGACCCGACCAGGUGCCCAUGAGAAAGCGACAGCUCCCCGCCUCCUUCUGGGAAGAGCCACGGCCGGCCCAGAGCCUGACGGCCAGAGCAUUUGCUGCCAGCCCUGAAGGGCUGCAAGCCCCCAGAGACCCUCCUCCCUAUGAGGGGAAGAAAAGUAAAAGGAGCCCAGACGCUGCUGGCCCGGAGAGCCCCCCUGACACUGCGCCACAUGCCGGGGAGAAGGACCCCGCCGGGGCCCUCUCGGGCCGAGUGGGUUCUUGGACCUGCUGCCCCUUCCCCUGCCCCGGGCCAGGCGUGUACCAGCCCCCGGGCGCGCUGCCCCCGUCGCCCUUCCCGGGGUUGGAGCUGUGGAGAAAGAGUGUGGCCACGCUGCCGGCGGAGGUGCCGCCCUUCUGCAAGGAGGCCGAUGGCCCGGGGCAGAAACUCUACAGGCCCAUGGUUCUGAAACCCAUCCCCACCAAGCCCGCCAUCCCCCCUCCCAUCUUCAAUGUUUUUGGCUAUCUUUAGCGGGGCGGCUGUCGGAGUUAUGCCGAACACGACAGCUCCCGAGGGGGAUUUGAAACGCCCGGUCAGCCUCCGGGCAUGAGCUGCUGGCAGCGCGGAGCGGCAGGGGAAGGAGGCCGGCGAUCGCACCCUGUGCCUCGUGGGCGGGCUGCAGGGAAUUAGUAACUGCUGGGAAGGUACUUGGGCUGCACUCUCCUCUCCGUACACGGGCGUAAAUCGGGAAUAAACCUUGCGAAGCCGGUGGAUGGAGCAUGACCAGGUCUCUCGUCGACGGGCAUUGUCUGAGCCGCGGCAAGCGGGGCUGCGGGCCAUUGAUAGCCGCACUUGUAACACCUAGGAGACCCCCUCCACGUGGGAACAUCUUUUCUGGGGCUGCCCUGAGGCAGCAGCAGUGAAAUGGAAUGAAUUAAAUGCAUUCAGAGUUUUUGUAUUUUAAAGUAAUUCCAGAGAAGUCAAGGUAUUCAGGUCAUUUCGUUUUGCAUGCAAGAGACUGGAAGGGAGGUAUUUGAUAUAAAAACCGCUUGCGAUGGAUUCAAGCCCUUGUUGUAUGUAAAUACUGACAGAAUUUUAAAAAAAUAAGGGAAGAAAGAGAAAGGUAAUUUUAUUUUGGUGAUUCUGCAAAUGCAGUCUUAGUUUUGCCCCACUGGGUAGAUACAGGUUUGAUUUGCAACUGGUGGGGAAAUAUGAGGGCUGAAAUCUCUGCCCAUUCAGAUUUAUACAAAUCAGAAAUAAUUUUCCCUAAGUAAAUUUUAGCUAAUUACUAAGUAAUUAGCUAGUGCUAAGCUGGUGCAAAUGAAAGCGGGAUGAAUUUCCACAUGAGGAAUUGCUCUGCAUCAUCAGAAUAAAUGAGGAAUCUUACUAGUUUAACACAAAACCAUUAGGUGUGAUGGAAGAAAAAAAGUAAAGAAUAGACUGCCUUGAUUUCUGGCUGAGAGAUAUCUUUUAUUUUGACCGAUUUUAAGAUGUUUUCACAAGACCUGGCUGUAAAUGUUUUGCCUAGCAUUCUCCUAUAUUUUUAAAAUAAAUUGGCAUUGGAGAAUUUAUUAGGAAGUGUUUUUAAGUUAGAUUUCUCUUAAACUCAUGAAGAAAGUGGUAGUAAGACACAGAACAUGAGAUAAGAGAGGUUUAAUAUUGCAGCUGUAUGUGUCUAUUUGGCUAUACUGGAGUAAAUCACUGAAGUCAAGAAAAGUAUAUUUUGGGACAAAAAAGGGCCAAAGAAUGGACACCCAUGAUCUUCCAGGGCCUGAACCUGCUGUUGCUGAAACUAAUGGGAACUUCUCCUAGGACUCAAUAAAAAGUGGCCUUGAUUGGUUUGAUCUGUGACUAGCAUAGCUCUCCAUGACUCCUGAUAUCUCUACAAGGGGGAAACCAGAAAAUGUUUCAUUUGAGUGCCUUGCAGUCAUUAAAAAAAUUAUCAUCUGAAGCAAUUGUAGAGUAUCAUUUUGUAUCUUCUGAUGGUGUUGGUAUUAUGUAACUAGGUUGCAACUUUUAUUAGGAUAUGAACUACCACUGGGAUUAGCUCAGUUGGUUAGUGCCUGGUACUAAUGCCAAGGUUGUGGAUUUGAUCCCUCGAUGAGCCAUUCACUUAAGAGCUGGGCUUGAUGAUCCUCGUGGGUCCUUUCCAACUUAAAAUAUUCUGUGAUUCUACUCCCAGGCUAAAAGGGGUUUACUCUUUCCUCAAACCUCACAUAUCCCACCAAUGUUCACUUUUAUGGAAACAAUGUCUGCAAUGUGUUUGUAGUGCAGGCAAACAGUAGAAAUAGAGAUGGCUUUUCCUUGCUUUCUCCCUACCAUGGCACUUGAUACAUGUAUCAAGGCAGCAUGGACUGCAGGAGAGAGAGCAGGAAAUGUCUUUGGUAUAACAUACCUGCGACUAAAUGCAAGGUGUGAGGAGCUAAAGAGCCAAACUAGGGGUUAAAGACUUCAGGUUAGCUCUUCAUCCAGAAGUAGAGAUAGGAACAUACUUAGAUGCCUUUCCCUUUUUUGGAAAAAACCCAUGAGGAAACUCUGUCUCUCUCCAAAAGGAGUGUAACAAAAGCCAGAGCCACUGAAGUUAAAGGUAGAACAACAGCUUUUCAUUUAUAGUCCUGUAGGUAAGGAAUUUUGUUACAUGGAAAUGGGGGGCUUUUCUCACAUCAACAGCUGUGUUGCUGCUGUAAUCCAGAUGCAGCCAGAUGCUAAACUCUGUUUCAGUACUAUCAAUACAGAGCAGCCUCCUUGGAAUUGGUCUGGAUUUCCAUCUGGGUGGCCAGACCAGGUCAUGGGAUGAACUACUGGCAUUGCAGUAGUUGCUGUGCUCAGGUUUUCCUCCUUGAGUUCAUUAGGGAAAUUUCUAAGUGCUGUGGAUCACACCAGAAUAAGGACUUUAGUAAAAAUUAAAAUACUUGGCAAAGUGGACAGCCUCUGUAUAAAUUUUAUUUCUGAAGAAAUCCAGAGGAAGAAGAGAGUUAAAACCAAGUUUCUAUCUUUUGAAUAUUAAAUUCCUAGUUUUCUUUUUUUACUUCCUUUAAACACCUUUUUAUUUGAAUGUAUAUUGCUGCCCAUUUUCCAUGUAGUAGAAUAGUGUGUUUUAAAAUUAUGAUGAAGCAUUGAAACGGAUCAUUCUAAAUGACCUCUGAUUCAAAUAUUUAUGCUCCUACACUCAGAUUUAAACUGAUGUUACUUUUUCAAAAUCUUUUGUGACGUAGAAGCUCCCCCCCAGCCCAAGGCAGGCAGUGGCCCUUGCUGGGGCUUUGAACUAGAGCAGCAGAGAAGUAAAAUACAAAUGAACAGAAGACAAUUGUUAAGUAUAUUCAAAAUCCCUGAAUGGGGAUGUGUGAGACUUUGCAAAAGGUUUGCAAAUAAUAGCAACUCUGUCUCCUCUCUA